AUGUCGCCUUCAGCUUCGCCAUUUACCUUUCCCCUUGGUCACUCUACCGACCAUGAAGGUGAUCAACAAAUGAUCGACCCUUCUUCUCUUCGACUUCCAGACUCUUCAUCAUCUUCCGGAAAUUCAGAUUACGGCCAAGACAGCAUAACUCCUCAACCCAGUACGGGUAUGAUGAAUUCACCUCAGACGUUCUGGCCGACUGGUGAUGGUAAUAUCGCUCAUGAUUUUUCAAGCAAUUUACCCAUGACACCUUCUUGGUCAUUUGGAAACUUUACUUCUUCAACAAAUUCUUCGAUUAAUACGAUACAGGCUCCUUCGAUUGACGGCAAUACCACAAGUAAUUCUGCAGGUUCUCAAACUACACCUGCAUCAGCAACGGCAGGAAUCAAUUAUCCAUUUUCACGUCACAAUAAUAACAAUCACAACAACAAUAUGAUGCUUUAUCGUUCCGAUCCUGUACAAACUCCAACAACAGCGAAUACGCAAUGGUCAACAAACUCACAUUCAGCUAUAGAUUCAACAUUCAUGCCUCCCCCGCCACCAAAUACUGCAUCACAAUCGAUCUCUUCCCCACAUGGUUUGAUCCACGGACAUACUUCUCACUUGUCAUUAUCUGGUAAUCUGACUGGGCUCUCACCUAUGUUUGCCGGAUUUACCACUUCUAGUCCGACAACAGAUAACACCUCCGCAAAUUAUUCUGCACCGACACCUAUCAAUCCACAGUUGACUAGACCAGGUGGACCAAUAAGGACUUUCUCAGCAAGUGCAGCUAUACAGCCUACUCGCAAAAGAUCAAAUACAAUCAUGACUGUAAAUCCAACAACUCCUUCUUCCUCUGGUUCAGGCACAUUCAAUCCCUCGUACCCAUAUCCUUCUCCUAGAAUGCCGACGCUCAUGAACACUCACCCCGGAAACAUACAAGGACAUCAAUUGUCUCGUCAACCAUCGGUACCGAUGAUGACUGAACCCAGAAGAGUCUUUCAUCCUAGCCCGGCGAGUUCGAUCUCACCAGCUAUCGGUGUCGACUUGACUCAUCUUCCAAUGGAGAAUGACCCAUAUGGACAUCGAGUGGGCUUUGGAAUGGGCAUGAAUAUGGGUAUGGGAAUGAAUAUGGGAAUGGGAAUGGGAAUCAGAGGCACUCCGCCAAUGGAGGCUAAACCCCCAAGGUUCAAGCCAACAAAGGAACAGUUAGACAUCCUCAUUAAAUCAUAUGAUGAGAACAAGAAUCCCGAUGGUCCAGCUAGGGAAGCAUUAGCCAAGAAGCUUGGUCCCGAUGUCAGACCGAAGACUCUACAAAUCUGGUUCCAGAAUAGGCGGUCCAAGUCAAGGGCAAAAGAGAGGGACGCCAAUCUGCCCAAACCAGUGCAUUCCCGAGGUGGAAGUUCAUCUCUCGGUCACAGAUCAUCAUCGUCUGCCGGUACUUCCAAAGGAGUUGCCAACAAAGGAGCCGGUAUUGAUGCCCUCAGAGCUCUGAUCCAUGAUGACGAUCCCAAUUUGAUGAUUCUUCCAAUAUCCGUGUUAUCGAUUGCCAGCUGGACAAGAUUUCUUAUGCCGGGUACUGGUAUCUCCCAUCCUGAUCUCGCUGCGUCGUUAAGAUUCCCCUCAAAUCCAUCUCAGCAAUCUUUUCUUCACCUUUACGUAGUACACGAAACCGACACGUUCCGAAUUGACAUUUCGCUCAACCCAACAUCCAUAUCCAAUCUUCAAUCUGUCCAGAACCCGUCUUUGAAUACUGAAGCAGUAGCGAUCAGCUUUGACCUCUCCAUCAGUACGGCCACUUAUGCUGUUUGGAUUGAAGAGCAGACACGCUGGAAGGAAGUGGGAGACUUCACAGGAGGCGAAACCAGCGGUGGAGGAAAAUGUGAAUUGACCGGUGAAAAGGAUUUAUUACUUUCGGCAUUUUCAAAAGUUCAACAACAACUUUCUACUCAUCCAUAUCCUCACACCAGCACUGUCGAUGAGAACGAUCAAUAUACGUCGUUGCCGCCCCCUCCAACCUCAGGAAACAGCUGGAGAUUCCCUCCUAUCUCAGGAUCAGCUUCUACAUCAAUCUCUUCUAUCGCAGGCGGUAGUACCGGUAUUCAGACUCCUCCAACUGAAUUACCUAUCUUGAACCAUCUUCAAGCGUUAAAUAAUCAUCAAAGACAGCGAUCAUUUUCUGAACCUGAAAUGAAUGCCUCGACGUCUUCUUCUACAAGACAGGGCAGUAGUGAGUCUUUAAGUGAAUAUGAACAUACUUCGAAAGCCAUGAAUUUCCCUCAAAACGAUAGCACCAAUGUACACAUGUCAUUACCAUUCAACGAAUAUACAUCGCUCUCAAAACCAAGAAAUGAAUUUGGAUUUGGAAAUCCAUUGGUUUGGAAUUCAAUGAAUUCACCUGAUAUCGGAUCCGGGCCUGGAACAGGAUUAGGAUCAGGUAUGAUGAUUCCUCCGGUUGCUGCUGCUCCGUUCGAAACCCAGACUCCUUCCACUGGAUAUUCAGGAUGGGGAUUACCAAUAAAUACUUCUUCCACAUCAAUGGAACAUACAUUACAUACCCCAUUAUCAUCAACUAUGGCUCCCGCUGAGAUCCAUAAAGCACCUUCGGUCACUUACAACCAAUUCGCAACCCUCAAUUCUGGUAUCGCACCCAACGGUAACAGUACUUUGAGUGGAAAUGCUAUAGAGAACCAAUCGGAGGGUUCGAGUGAUAUGGAUUUGAGUACACCACCAUUUGAGUAUGAAGUGGAUAGACUGGAGGAGAUGGGUGUAUCCAUGGAAAAUAGCCAGAAAAGUAAACUGGUGGAAGGCCAUGUUGAUGAUUUAUAA